AUCUACGCGAACAAAGCCACAUGCCGCACAGUCGUACGCGCGGAAUGAUAAGGACUCGCGCUUUUGCUCGUGGACAGUAGGAAGCUGCUUCAGAUAGGGUAGCGUGAGCUUUUCGGGAUCAGCCAGGAGCUGCAUCACGUGAACAGACCGGAGGCUCAUUUCGCCUCGCGCCGCCAUACUGUCUGUGUUUUCUUCCAUUUCGCAUUUUUAUUGCAACAUUUUACUCCCCCGCGGUGAGUACACAACCCCUGGCUUUUUGUAGCAUUUUUGUCUUUUCAAUUAUUCUUUUACAUUUUCCCUCUUUUUGGCUGGUAUUGAACGGUGAGAAAUGAAGUGGUGGUUUUCAGUGUUUUUGCAUUCGACAGGCUCCAAGUUUUUAGGGCUGUGAUUCUAAUCCUUCGCAGGGAGCCCCGUUGAUGCCAGGCUCUGGCGAAUGGGCUUACAGUCGUGUCAAAUACUCAAGAAGGUUUUCAUCAGAUUUCCGGUUCAUUUUAUUUUUACAUGUCUUCUUCUGGUGGUUUUUGAACAUUUUUCUUUUUCUUUUCUUUUCUUUUGGGUAGGGGAGUUUUGCGAUGUCUGUGCUUUGCUCUGCAUUUUGAGGUGGUGUUUGUGAGUUUUGGGAUUUUGAUUGCUCGGUGCGCGUCACCAGAAGCCAUGCACGGUAUCUUUCGACCUCUUUUGCAUUUGAAACAUGCUGAUGAUGUUUUGAUAUGUUUUAACUUUUCUUACUUAUGACUAAUCACGCGUGCGCUUUUUCCUUUUCUUUUCUUUUUUUCAAGUUCUUAUACUUUUGCAGAUUUCUGAGUGAAAUAUUUUUGGAUGGUGUCGUUUUUGGCAAGAGUAGUCGCUGUAUAUUGGACGUGAAUUGAAUGAUUUCUUGGGGGAAGAUGUCUAUGUGUUUUUCUUUCUUUUGUCAAAACGGAUUAAGGGUGCUCCUCUGCAGGAGUGCCAGCUAGAGGAGAAUGACUGGCAAGAGUCAGACGAGCAACGUGACCAAUAAGAACGACCCGCGCUCCAUCAACUCCCGCGUCUUCAUCGGGAACCUCAACACGGCCAUCGUCACCAAGAGCGACAUUGAGGUCAUCUUUGCGAAGUAUGGACGCAUCGUGGGCUGCUCCGUGCACAAGGGCUACGCCUUCGUCCAGUACCUAAGCGAACGGACGGCCCGCGCUGCUGUGGCCGGCGAGAACGCGCGCAUCAUCGCCGGACAGCCACUGGAUAUCAACAUGGCUGGGGAGCCAAAGCUCUAUCGACCAAAAGCUGGGUCAAAGCGACCUCUCUCUGCAAUCUACAGCGGGUACGAGUUUGACUAUGAUUAUUACAGAGAUGAUUUCUACACUCGGGUGUUUGACUAUCCUGGGCGCGUGCCCCCUCCUCGAGCUCUCGUCCCUCUGAAGCGGUCGAGACUGAUGACUCCUCCCACUCGCCGUGGAAAGCCCUCCCUCCCAACACGCCACGCCUCCUCACGCCCCCCUGGUCCCAGCCCCCUCUCCUGUGGCCCCAAACUAAAGUCAGAGCAGCUACAGGUCAUCAGGCGUGAGUUGGCACAGGUCAAGCUGAAGGUGGACUCACUGCUGGGUCGGCUAGAGCGCAUUGAGAGGCAACAACGCCUGGACACAGAUGUGCAGAGGAAGUAUGAGGAGAGUUGUGACUGGCUGCGUGAGGAAAGCGCGUCUGAGCGGACGGAGCAUUCUGGAGAGGAUGCGUGCGAAGGGGAGGAGCCUGAAGCGGGGGAGAUGACAGACGGAGGUGAAGAAGACUACGAUGAAGAGGCCAGCAGUGACCUGAUGGAGAAUCAUGUGUCAGAUGUUGACAACUAAGCAAAGGUUAUAGAGGACACAGCAGCAUCUGGAGACACCAAAGGAUCUUGGAAAGACGAAGAAACGUCACACUGUGAGGAGAGGAAGACCACCAGCUCUCACACUGAUAGAAUACCCAGUCCACAUCUCAAACAUAUAGUGACACAGGUGCACAUACACACAGAAACACACACACAUACACACACACACAUGGAAAUGUGUUGGUGUCUUUGUGAUUCUGUGUUUCAUCUAUGCUGCCAUUUGUUUUAAUUUGUCCAUAUGAUAUGUCUUGUAAAUACUUAGGCACUUUAAAAGUUAUUUACUAACAUUAAAAAAACCUGAACAACA